UUGUGUACAUUUUCAGGGAGUUCAGAGCCCACCCAUCCCUUAGCCUUUCCUUGGGUUCAUUCUAAUUUUCCCAGUCAUCCCGUGAAGUAGGUAUUAUUUUCCCUAUUUAGAAAUGAGAAAACCGAGAACCAAGUUCUCAGAAAUUAACAGUCCCUAAACUGGAAAGUCACCGUCCGCACUCCCAAACCCGAUUCCCAUCCACCUGCUUCCCACUACGGGAAGUAAAGCGGGCUUGUCGUUAUAAAUCAAUAAGGACUUCCACUACAAAGCAUGUGCAGCUGUAUGACUUUGACUUUCAAGAUCCUCUUCCCAUCAGCCCUUCGCGCACUGGGGCGAAAAGAACUGAGCCUGUUCCGAGAGCAACAUCACUGGCCUGACAGAAGACAAUUCAGCCAUUGGUUAGAAACAGAUCUGCUUGAUGGGCCCUGCCUCCUCCAGAGAAGAAAGGCUGCUCUGUCAUUCCAGGAAGGCCAUCUAAGACCACGUGCCACCUGCCUUGUUUUCUUGCCAGGGGCGCAUGUGGGACUCUGCAGUGGCCCCUGUGAGAUGGCCGAGCAACGGUUCUGUGUGGACUAUGCCAAGCGUGGCACAGCCGGCUGCAAAAAGUGCAAGGAAAAGAUUGUGAAGGGGGUAUGCAGGAUCGGCAAAGUGGUGCCCAAUCCCUUUUCAGAGUCUGGGGGCGAUAUGAAAGAGUGGUAUCACAUUAAAUGCAUGUUUGAGAAACUGGAGCGGGCUCGGGCCACCACAAAAAAAAUUGAGGACCUCACAGAGCUGGAAGGCUGGGAAGAGCUGGAAGACAAUGAGAAGGAACAGAUAAGCCAGCACAUUGCAGAUCUGUCUUCUAAGGCAACAGGCACACCAAAGAAGAAAGCCGUCGUCCAGGCUAAGCUGACAGCCACUGGCCAGGUGACCUCUCCAGUGAAAGGUGCCUCACUCGUCACCAAUAGCAACCCCCGGAAAUUUUCUGGUUUUUCAGCCAAGCCCAACAACUCUGGGGCAGCCCGUGCAAGCCCUCCCCCUGAGGCAAGUCUGUCUUCAAGCAGAUGUGACCCCAAGCACAAGGAUUGUCUGCUACGUGAGUUUCGGAAGUUGUGUGCCAUGGUGGCUGAGAAUCCUAGCUACAACACGAAGACCCAGAUCAUCCAGGACUUUCUUCGGAAAGGUUCAGCAGGAGAUGGUUUCCACGGUGACGUGUACCUAACAGUGAAGUUGCUGCUGCCAGGUGUUAUUAAGAGUGUCUACAACUUGAACGAUAAGCAGAUUGUGAAGCUUUUCAGCCGCAUUUUUAACUGCAACCCAGAUGAUAUGGCACGAGACCUAGAGCAGGGCGAUGUGUCAGAGACAAUCAGAGUCUUCUUUGAGCAGAGCAAGUCUUUCCCCCCAGCUGCCAAGAGCCUCCUUACCAUCCAGGAGGUGGACGAGUUCCUCCUUCGGCUCUCCAGGCUCACCAGGGAGGAGGAGCAGCAGCAGGCCCUGCAGGACAUCGCCUCCAGGUGCACAGCCAAUGACCUCAAGUGCAUCAUCAGAUUGAUCAAACAUGAUCUGAAAAUGAACUCAGGUGCAAAGCACGUGUUAGAUGCCCUUGACCCCAAUGCCUAUGAAGCCUUCAAAGCCUCACGCAACCUGCAGGACGUGGUGGAGAGGGUCCUCCGCAAUGAGCAGGAAGUGGAGAAGGAGCCAGGCCGGAGACGAGCUCUGAGCGUCCAGGCUUCCCUGAUGACGCCAGUGCAGCCUAUGCUGGCUGAGGCCUGCAAGUCCAUCGAGCACGCAAUGAAGAAGUGUCCUAAUGGCAUGUUUUCUGAGAUCAAGUACGAUGGGGAGCGAGUGCAGGUGCAUAAGAACGGGGACCACUUCAACUACUUCAGCCGCAGCCUCAAGCCUGUCCUGCCUCACAAGGUGGCCCACUUCAAGGACUACAUCCCUCAGGCUUUUCCUGGAGGCCACAGCAUGAUCCUGGACUCCGAGGUGCUCUUGAUCGACACAAAGACAGGCAAACCGCUGCCCUUUGGGACUCUUGGAGUGCAUAAGAAAGCUGCCUUCCAGGAUGCUAAUGUUUGCCUGUUUGUUUUUGAUUGUAUCUACUUCAAUGAUGUCAGCCUGAUGGACAGGCCUCUGUGUGAGCGGCGGAAGUUUCUUCAUGAUAACAUGGUUGAAAUUCCCAACCGGAUCAUGUUCUCAGAAAUGAAGCAAGUUACUAAAGCUGCAGACUUGGCUGACAUGAUCAACCGGGUCAUUCGAGAGGGGCUGGAAGGGCUGGUGCUGAAGGAUGUGAAGGGUACAUAUGAGCCUGGAAAGCGGCACUGGCUGAAAGUGAAGAAAGACUAUUUGAACGAGGGGGCCAUGGCUGACACAGCUGACCUGGUGGUCCUUGGGGCCUUCUAUGGGCAAGGGAGCAAAGGUGGCAUGAUGUCCAUCUUUCUCAUGGGCUGCUAUGACCCAAGCAGCCAGAAGUGGUGCACGGUCACCAAGUGUGCAGGGGGCCAUGAUGACGCAACCCUUGCCCGCCUGCAGAAGGAACUGGACAUGGUGAAGAUCAGCAAGGAUCCCAGCAAGAUACCCAGCUGGCUGAAAAUCAACAAGAUCUACUAUCCUGACUUUAUAGUCCCAGACCCAAAGAAAGCUGCCGUGUGGGAGAUCACAGGGGCUGAGUUCUCCAAGUCUGAGGCUCAUACUGCCGACGGGAUCUCCAUCCGAUUCCCACGUUGCACCCGCAUCCGUGAUGAUAAGGACUGGAAAUCUGCCACUAACCUCCCCCAACUCAAGGAACUGUACCAGCUGUCCAAGGAGAGAGCGGACUUCACGGUGGCGGCCGGAGAGGAGGGGAGCUCCACCACAGGGGGCAGCAGUGGAGAGAACCAGGGUACCUUGGGGCCUGCGGCGGCUCACAAGGCCUCCAGGGCCUCCCUGAAGCAGCCCUCCACCAGUGCCAAGAAGGCAGGAGGAAGGCCGAGUAGCCCCAACAGCAGAGGCGGCCACCAGCGGACUGUGAAAGUGGGGCAGAAGCGGAAGGCUCCUCCUGAUGAGACCGGGUGCCCAGCAAAGAGGCGGCCGGCCAGCCCGCACAGAGGAAGGAGAGCGGUGCCAGCAGGCAGGAGAUAGAACAGCCCGGCCUCACUGAGAGAGGCUGCAGGCACCCAGCGGGCUGCAGGUCCCAAGUCACAGUUUGCAUUAAAGAGAAGGGAGAGAGCCCGGUCUGGGUGGAGUGCAGCUGUGUGAGUUUGUGAUCAGGGCCAAAGCAGAACCAGCCCCGCCCCGAGGAGCGGGUCAGGGGCACUGGCCACGUGACUGGCCUCCUACCUGCAACGCCCUUCCCUUCUUGUCCUCCCCCGUUUGUCUUCGGUCUGAAAACAGCCGUUGAGCUGCUCCUGAAUGUGGCAGUUAGGCUCAGCCCUGGGGGAGCUGCUGGCCCACAGGGUACAGAGGUAAACACUGGAUCUCUGUCCGAUGUGAUAGACCCAACAGUCCUCCUCCCUCUAGCCAAAGCCAGCAUCAGAGAUUGCCAGGUGGAGUCUGCAUCCAGUCCCCAGCAGAAGUAGGGAACUUUUCCCAUCUUUUCCCUACCGGAAGCCCCUGCCCCCAUCCACAGCAGAGCAGGGCUCCUAACCCCCACGUCUAGCUGCCUGUGUGCUGCGCACUGCUCCGUCAGCCAGUGUCACGGAGUCUAAGAGCCACUGGCCCUGCCCCCUGGGUGGUGGUGCUUGAGUAGACACAUUCUCCUCUUUUCCAGGUCCCCUGUGUGGGGACCCAGCCAUGCUCCCUCCUUUUCCUCUAGACGGAUACGGUAUGUGCCCUCUGGAGUGGCUGGGGGACUGGGGCUUUGAUACAUGGUCCUUUCCUCCAGUCAGCUCUGAGAUGGUUCCCUCCAUCUCUGGCUCUGGUUCUCAGACCUUCCUGUCUGCCUGUGCUGCGCUGGGUAGAGCCCCAGCCUGACCGCUG